CAUCAAAAUUGAUCUAAGCUGCGUCGCCUCCUCAGAUUGUACCUCUCGGCUAAACCCACCGGGCACACUGCUGCUGGUGUCGACUGAAAGACAUCUCAUCUGUGCGCUUUGGAAAGGUCCCAAGAGUUAUCUCACCUCCACCAUGACUGAUCGCUUCGACUGCUACUACUGCCGGGACAACCUGCACGGGAAGAAGUAUGUGAAGAAGGAGGAGAAGCAUGUGUGCACCAAGUGCUUCAAUAAGCUCUGCGCCAACACCUGCGCUGAGUGCAAACGGCCCAUCGGUGCUGACGCCAAGGAGCUGCACCAUAAGAACCGCUACUGGCAUGAGGACUGUUUCCGCUGUGUCAAGUGCUACCAGCCGCUGGCCAGCGAGCCGUUCAACGCCAGGGAUGAUGGCAAGAUAAUGUGUGGCAAGUGUGGCUCCCGGGAGGAUGGCAACCGUUGCCAGGGCUGCUACAAGGUGGUCCUGCCAGGAUCCCAAAACGUGGAGUACAAAAACAAGGUGUGGCAUGAGGAAUGCUUCACCUGCUUUGAAUGCAAGCAGCCGAUCCGCUCACAGAGCUUCCUGACCAAGGGUGAUGACAUCUAUUGUGCUCCCUGCCAUGACAAGAAGUUUUCCAAGAAGUGCUUCCACUGCAAGCAGCCCAUUACCUCUGGAGGGAUCAGCUACCAGGACCAGCCCUGGCACUCCGAGUGUUUUGUGUGCAAGACCUGCCGUAAAACUCUCGCUGGAGCUCGCUUCACUUCCCACGAGAACAAUGUUUACUGCGUGGACUGCUUCAAGACCGAUGUGGCCAAGAAGUGCCAUGGAUGCAAAAACCCCAUCACAGGGUUCGGCCACGGCACCAAUGUCGUGAACUAUGAAGGAUGCUCCUGGCAUGAGUAUUGCUUCAACUGCAAGAAGUGCAGUCUCUCGCUGGCCAAUAAGCGCUUUGUCAUCAAUGGAGAUCAUAUCUACUGCCCUGACUGCGCUAAAAAGGUGUGAACUGCAAAUUAGCCUUGCAGAGGUUGCUGCUUAAAGUGGAAUUACGCCCAAACAGACCUUUAGACGGUUAAUUUGCAAAAGAACAUAUUUUAUUAGGGAGUGAAAUUCAAAAUUAGAGAAAAUGUUUUUCUGUGUGAAUUUACAUAAAAAAAAGUCAAAACAGUACACUUCUCUAUUUGAAGUUGACCGAAUAUAAGUUUUUUUUCAGCUAAAUAAGCACUAGUUUGAGUCAUUUAUUUACAUAUACAUUAUUGCAACUUGUUUCAGCGUUGGAUUCUAAUAUGGCAACAUCAGUUAUUUUGUGAGAUUGUGAUGUGUAACAUUUGUCCAAUCUAAUCCAGGAUCCUGUGCAGCUUUAUGAGACAAAAGCCUUUUCAGUGCCUUACUGUAAUCUAUCAAUCAAUAAUAUCUUCUCACAUGCAUACUGCUCCUCAUGCAUACCAGCUUUCAUUAAUAAUCUGUUGCAUUUGUGUUUGAAUCAAUUAUGAGAGUUUUCAAACAUGUUUAGAGUGACUUUAAAUUAGAAGUUUGAGAUUGAUGCUUACAUAUAAACUGCUCAUAUAUUCAAAACUGUGGGUGAAGUUAAAUCUAAAACAAGAAUAAAAGGAGAAAGUGG